AUAGUAUAGCCGAUGACGUUCCGAUUGAAUUAACGCAUGCGCUAUAGUAAUUUUAAGAUGGCUGAGGUUAGCCCUGGUCAAACAUUUCGCAAAUUUUGAGGAAAUUACGAAAUAAAGAAAAAUUAAAGAUGGCAUAUUCUUCUCGUCAAAAACAUGCUGUAUACCAGCAAGCCAAAUCAGAAUUGCAAACCAAGCUGAUAGAAACAUAUGAAAAGACCCUCCUUCAAGUGCCUGUCAUUCCGUUACCAGGAAGUCCAAAUUGUCACUUCAAUGAUAUAUAUGUUAGACCAACUAUCACUAGAGAAAUCAAUGGCAAACGUGGAAUGACUGAAGAUAUUGAAGUUACAUCAAUGUCGGAAAUUUUUACAAAAGGCAAAGAUCGGCAAAGAUAUAUUUAUCUUAUUGGAGAAGCUGGUACUGGGAAAAGUUUUUUCUGUAGAAAAUUGAUAAUGUUUUGGUGUAUGGCACACAGUGAGACUCAAUGUGUAGAAGAUGAAUUAGAUGGUAUAAAAGAAAUGAAGAAAUUUGAUUUCUUAUUUUACAUCCCUUUGAGACGAUUUCAACAGGUUAUUUCAAUUGAAGAUAUGCUUCUUAAGGAAUACAAUGCAGGAAUUCUCAGACAUCUUAUUGAUGAAGAGUCAGGUAAACUCCUCAUAUUGCUUGAUGGCUUGGAUGAAUGGUUCCCUCACACGCAAACAUACAAUCAGUUCCAGACUGAAGGUCUGCCUCAAGUAGACUGCUUUAAGGACUACACCGUUAUAACUACAUCUCGGCCGUGGAAGAUUCGAACUCUGGUCGUGUGUAAAAGUGACAUGGACAUAACAUUAAAACUCAAAAUUAAUGAGAAACAUGAACAGGAAUUGUUGUACAGAACUUUAUCUGUAUUGAGCCAGAAAUCAACAGGCCCUUGUAAAGAUGUUAGUGCCUUUGAACAAAAGCUGGACAAGAAGCCUCUGGCAGGUUUAAAACAAGUCCCACUAAUACUUCAACAUUUAAUAUGCCUCUGGCUUAAUGAUGACCUCAAUAGGUCCACAAGAUGUUCUGUAUAUACUAGUAUAUUGGAACUUUUCUUUAUCUGGAAUGAUAGUAAAUUCAACAGGUAAUGGAGAACAAAGAAUGGAAGAUGAUUCCCCGCCUGUACAUCUCCCUCAAUAUUUAGCAGAUAAAAAGAUAUGUAAAUUAAAUAGUGAUCUCAUUUAUGACUUGUCAACGGAUGGCUUAUGAGACACUUUUUAGGCCCACAAAGGAUAAUUCAUGGACAUUUUAUGACGAUGUGUUGCUUGAUUUAGAUCUUUAUGAGGAUGAUGUUAAAGAAAGGUGUGUCGUACUUGGAAUAUUAUCGGAAGAUACAUGUCCAAUUUUCUGGGCCCAUAAACCUUCAAGAUCACUGUUCUCUUUCAUUCAUAAAUCAAUGCAUGAAUUUAUGGCAGCAGUGUGUAUUGCUGUCAAUUUCAAAAAUAAACUUAGUUUAUUAAAUAAUUUAGAAAAUGUAGAUUUGCAAAGUGAGUCCAUGCAGUUUGUAGAGGAUGUUUUCAAGAAACGUUCAACUUUAAAUGACAUACUAGAGGUGUCAAAUGUUUUCAUUUUUCUUUGUGGUCUAGAACCUAGAUUAGCAACACAUGUAUGGAAAUGCAUAUAUGAUAUUUGUUUUAAAGAUCCAUGUGUUGAAGGGUAUAGGAGAACAGUGGAAAAUGAUGAUAGAUGCGUCGUAGAUCUGCAAGAUCUUAUUUUUAACUCGGUGGAAGAAUGCAAUGCAAGUGUUGUAGGAAGUCAACCUAGAUUUUAUCUGGGAGAUUUGAUUAUUAAUAGUAGGAAUUUUGAUAUGGUUUGUUCAAGUAUUGACCGGCAGCAAAUAGCUCUUGAAUCAGUUCUAUCUCUAACUUUAUCUAUAGAUGACUGUAUAACAUCUCGUAAUGGUGACAUUUUCAGGUAUUUACCAAUGUUCCAACACCUUGAAAAGAUCAGCAUAAAAUCUGGACUAGUGGCACUUCAGCUAUGUACACCAAGUACACCCGAUAAUGAACAAAUUCUUCAUGUGGUCAACAGUGCUGUUGCAGAAAUGAUGAAAGUGAAUGUUUCAACAUUAAAAUCUUUGUCUGUUUGCGGUGCUCCUUUUACGACUAUGUUUUAUCCAGUGUGUAAAACUGUAUUGUACUACCUACCUAGUAUGAUCAAUCUUGAAGCAAUAAAGAUGUCACAUAUGACACUUAAUCAUGAACAUGUUUCUUCCUUUUGCGAGUUUCUACAAGGAACCAGUCACCUUGAAGGAAUAUACUUAUGUUUGUCUUGUGAGUGUGGGAACCAGCAUGAUGUAAAUUUAUCAAAUCAUCAUCAGUUGAAGUACAUUAACUACAUCAAUGACGUGUCUGUUGACAAACGUUGAUGCCUCAAACCUUGAGGUAUUUAAAUUUAGUGGUUUGAAAUACGACAACUAUAUGAAUGUUUUCGGUUUAAUUGGAACAGCUAGCAAAUUAACAGAACUUGACUUAUUUGCAGAAUUUACCAAUUCUGAACUAUUUCAUUCGGGUGUUACCAGCAAGCUGUGUACAGUGUUACCAUUGUUACACAACCUUAAUAGACUUCAUUUAACACAGUGUCGGUUACAUGACAAUAUAAUCCAGCUUCCGUUAGAGAUGAAGAGUUUGAAGCACAUUAGUCUGUAUGGUGUGAUCAUGAACCUGAGAACCUGGCGGAAGUUUGUUGACAUUCUACCAGAUGUUCCCCACACUGUGUCCGUGUCGACAGUUAAUCUUUAUAUAGCUGGUGAAGGUGAGGAGAUAACUCUGGACAUAAAUUUUACGGUUGUGAAAAGCAGGAAGAAAAUUGAUGCAAUACAGUAUUUAUAUAAACAGAAGAAAUUAUUUAAAGUGGUAAGAGAUGAUAUGGCAUGGUUGUCAUUCUCAACAAAAAAGAUAAAAAAGAAAGACAAGCACAGGCAGUGAAUACAACAUUAUAGUAAUUUUUAUAUUCCCCAAAGGGAGAGCAUAUACUCGUUGCUUUGUCCGUCUGCAAACAUUUUGAAAGGUAUUUUGACGUAACUGGACAUUCAGUCCAGCAAUCUUGGAAGAAUCACUGGACUGCUUCAGUUUUCGUUAAAAAAUCAGAAUAAAAUAGCGUAAAACACUUAUUUCUUGUAUUCGCAAAACUGAUAAUUUUCCAACCGGAAGUCAGUAUUCGCUCAUGUGCCAUGACAUAAUAGGGUUUCUCGAUUACUUUGUAACAGCAAAUUUAUUUAUGAAAAUUAUUGAUAUGGAAUACGCAAUACUCGCACUUUGUUUGGGACAUAGCUCUGAAACUAUGAGAGAUAUCAACACUGUGACCAAGUUGAAAACCUAUUCGUGGAGUAUCAUCCGGUUUCGACUUGCGCUUGUUGAAAUUUAGAAGCAAUUGAAGAAAAAUGCGAUCAGAGAAUAUAAGGAACAAUCAUUUAGUGGUUGAAAUUUGCGCUAGACUCAGGGCCAAAAAGGGAGAUUUUUUGUCAACUUAUAAAUUACUAAUUUACAUUAGAAAAUUACUUACUAACCAACUUUGAAUGACUUGCUUGUAUUUUUAAAUUGUGAUAUUUUGACUGUAAUUAUAUAUAGUGUAUUCAGUGUUAGUGUA